AAGAGCGCCACCUAUAGAAUUGAAAAGUGUGGGAGUUUUAACUUUGGGGCAGACGACAAAAAAAAAACAACAAAAAAACAACAAAAAGAAAAAGAAACUUCAGUCUCAGAAGGAGUGCCUCAGUCAGGUUUGCAUAGGCCUAGGCCUAUAUUAUAAGAAAUAAGAUUGCCUACAGAACAGUGUACAAAUUUAAGUUCGUGAAAAUGCUGACAGAUGAGAAAUAUGCAAAUUUAGCAAGAAAAGCAGUUGCAAAUGCAAGGAAGGAGCUUGAAAAAAGCCAACAUGAAAAAGAUUCACAGAAACCAUACAGCUACUGUGAAAUUGAUGAUAAUCAUAAUGAACUUGUCAACAACAAACUUAAGGAUGUCACAGAGUAUUAUGAAGAUGUAAACAACAUGGACUUAAGUCAACUGAUAGCUGCUGAACUUGAGACUCCUUUGAUGAGUGAUGAUGAGGAUGUGACAUCCUAUCCAAAGCUGAUAACAUAUGACGAAACUCAUACAAAAAAUGUCAAAACACUUCAAUCAAAAGGGAAAAAAAUAAAGAACCUUUUAUCAAAGAGCAAAAAGGGCAAGGCUUUGAACAGCUCAGUUAAUGAAUCAUCAAAUAAAUUUCAACAUGACUACAAGCAAUACAGACAAUUGUCAGAUGAAGAAAUGAAGCAAGAUACUGGUAAGAGCAAAACUCAAGAAAGGAAAAGUUCAAAGGAGAAGUUGCAAUGCAUGAAAACUGUCUUCAAGGAACGACAUAUUCCAGAGCGUGGUGUGUGGGUACAGUGUACACAGGCAGACUGCAAGAAAUGGCGAUACUUGGCUGAUGUCACUGAUCCGUCUACUAUAGAAGAGCUGUGGUCUUGUGAACUAAACUCUGAAUCUGAUUUUAAUAGUUGUAAUAAACCUGAAGCUAACUGGAAAAGUGUGGAAGAACAACAGGGAUUUGUUGACACAAAGUUUACUAUAGGAAGUAUUGUGUGGGCUAAGCUUUCAGGCUAUCCAUGGUGGCCUGCUAUGAUAGAAGAGGACCCAAAUGUUGGUGAAUACUUCUGGCUAGUAGAUGAAUGGCGGUCAGUACCAAGUGAUUACCAUGUGGUAUUUCUUGACAAGAACAUUACUCGUGCAUGGAUUAAUAGAUCUUCAAUCAGACUCUUUCUAAGCCCAGAGCAGUCUCCUGGUGUUGUAAAAGUGAAAGGAAAGCUGCUAGCACAAUUAGAGGAUGCUAAGCAGGCAGCAAUGAGGGCCAAAGAUCUUCCAAUAAAGGAGCGAAUUGUGGAGUAUGGGUUCAGCUCGCACUUUAAGGGCAAAUGGGGCGGAGCUGAUUCAUCACUCGCAGAAGAAUUCCAAGCUGAAUGGCCAGGUUAUGGAAAGAAGGUUGACGUUGAACAGAAGAGUGAAAAUGAUGAACCAAAUUCCAAAGAAAAUGCAGUGCUUGAUAGUUGCUCACAAAACAUGGAAGGUUUGGAAUCAGAUGGUGUUGCCGAUGGUAAUGGACUUGAGAUGAGUUCAGGUUUGUUGAAGAAGGAAAAGACAAGAAAAAGAAGAAUUGAUAAAAGCAAUCAUCUGAAAAUAAAGAAGAGCAGAAAGGAAGUUGAUACCACAAACAGUGUAGGUAGUAACAAAACUGAUAUGGGAAGUAAACCUAAGGCGUCACACAGCGUAUUUGAUUUUGAUGGUGAUGUUCAAGCGGAUGUGGAGAGUGAAGGAAAAAAUAAUAUAAUGAAGAAGAAAAGGAAGAAACAAGUUGCAGAAUCCAGGAUUGAAAAUACUGGAAAGAUUGAAACAGGUGAAGAUAUCAAAAUGCAUGGUCAAACAUAUGUGGAGAAUGAAGAAAAGAGUAAGAAAAUGAAGAAAAAGAAGAAACAAAUUUUAGAAGACAAGACUGAAAAUACUGGACCGAUUGGAAUGGAUGAAGAUAUCAAGAUGCAUACUGAAAGUACUAGGUUGCUUGAAACAGAUGAAGAUAUCAAGAUGCGUGGUCAAACAGAAGUGGAUCAGAGUGAAGAAAAGAGUGAGAAAAUGAAGGAGCAAAAGAAGAAACAAAUUUUAGAAGACAGGACUGAAAAUACUGGACCGAUUAGAAUGGAUGACGAUAUCAAGGUGCAUACUGAAAGUACUGGGUUGAUUGAAACAGAUGAAGAUAUCAAGAUGCAUGGUCAAACAGAUGUGGAGGGUGAAGAAAAGAGUGAGAAAAUGAAGAAGAAAAAGAAGAAACAAAUAUUGGAUGACAAGACUGAAAGUACUGGACUGAUUGGAAUGGAUGAAGAUAUCAAGAUGCAUAGCCAAACUGAUGUGGAGAGUGAAGAAAAGAGUAAGAAAAUGAAGAAGAAAAAGAAGAAACAAAUUUUAGAAGAAAGGUCUGAAAAAGUUCAACCGAUUGAAACAGGUGAAAAUAUGAAGAUGCAUGGGCAAACAGAUAUGGAAAGUGAAGGAAAGAGUAAGAAAAUGAAGAAGAAAAAGAAGAAACAAAUUUUAGAAGAAAAAACUGAAAAUACAGGACCAAAUGAAAGAGAUCAAUUGAAGUUCAACACCUUGGAAUGUAAGGGAACAGAUAAGAAAAGUGAUUUAAAAGGAAUAAAGAAAUAUGCUAAAAUACAGAAGAAACUGCCAGUACAACUAGAAACCAGACAGGAAUCAGUGGUUCAUAAUAUGGUUACAGAAACAAAAGAACAUGGAAUAGAUGGUUCUAAAGGAAAGAAGUUGAAACCAACAUUUAAAGCACCUAGGAAAAAGGAAAAUCAUUCUGAUAAGUGUUCCAAGAAAUGCUUUAAGCCACCAACUAUGAAGGACACUUCUAAUGUGAAACCUGAAACGGCACAUGAAAGUAUGUUGAAAAAUGAUGCUUCAAAAUGUCAGAGCAGUGACCAACAAAGUGUGCAGUCAUCUGAUGUAUCAUUAUAUCAAAAGGAAAACAAAUCAGAAGAUUUUCAGGAGCUAGAUAAAGCCGUCAAAAAUAGUGAAUACCAAUCAGAGAUGCCUGAGGUUGAUCAUAAGGAUUUGAGUCCAAAAUCAUCGGAAGUAUUUGAGUUCCUUGGAAGACCAAAUAUGGAAAAUCAGGUAGUACAAUCAAAUGACAAUCAAAUGGACUAUCAACAGACCUUGGCCUCGACACCAGAUAUAGGUUCAUGGGAUCACAUAGAGUCAACAAAAGAUGCAAUAAAGCAUGAUAUAGAUGACAAUGAUUCACAACCAUUUGAAAUAGAGGAAUAGUUUAUCUAACUGCCAUGAAUGUCCCUUGCUACAUAUUACAUCCACAUCCUAGAAGACAUGCAUAUAAUCAGGAUAACUGUGCAUAUUAUAAGAUUGGUUUGACAAGACAUUUUAUAUUUUAAGCAUGUAUGUUAAGUUCUACUUUUAACUAAUUUUAAGGCAUUGAUGUCUAUUUUUGAGAGGAAUAGACAAAAACAGAAAUAUUAACUUUGUAUGCAACAGUAAGAUGGUUGUUACUUUUCUAAACUGUGGAACAGUACUUCUGAUCAAUGAAUACAUACCAUCCAAAUCAUUUCCAGCUUAAGUAUUUAUUUUUGUAUAUCUUCAGUAAAGACCCCUUGGCCACCAAAAGUUCAUUCUUGAGGGUUAGUGGGUACUCAGAUCACCGAAAUUGAAUGUAUGAGUGUGUUACUUUCAGUCUAGUUUAUAAGUUAAAAGCAAGUUUUACAAAAACAUAUUAAAAUACUAUUACGGUCAUAAGAGCAUGUCACAUGUUGCCACAAAACCUGUACAGGUUGAAAAAUUAUAUAUCAUGUACAGGUAUAUUGUUUUAAAUAGCUGUUAUUACUGUUAGAAUGGUAUACUGUUCAUUAUUAUGUUUAGCUUCUUUCCACUAAACAUAAUGCAUGUUAAAAAAAAUGUUGUAACUUGUAAUGUUGUAAGAUGAUUAAUAAUAAUAAUAGAAUACCUUGAUAUUUGAGACCUAACAGCUUAUUAAUUUUCUCCAAUCCUUUUUCCUGGUUUUGUGGGAAAAUGUCACAUACUGUGUUAUAAUUGUAAUUACAGUACAGUACAUCUUAAAAAAUGAUUCUGCAUUUUUGAAGAAAUUUUAGUUAAGCAAUAGGCCUAUAGCAGUACGAUUCAAAAUCCUUAAAAUUAGUGUAAAUUUUGAGGAAAAUGUUGAAUGUCAAAUUUAGUAUAAAAUGCGAGUGUUAAUAAAGGGAUGGUGCAAGAGAUAACUGUGUAUUUAUAGAAUAAUUUUUAUACUAUAUUUCAGUAUCUUUUUUUGAAAAUAUUGUAUAGGAACAAGUAUUUCUUUGAAGUCUAGAAGCAAGUUUGUUGCAAUAUUUUUUUUAAUUGCUAGAGAAAUUCAAGCUUAUUUAUGUCUAUUUUGUGCAAUAUACAGUAUAAACAAAAAUUUACCUUUCCAACAACUGUAAUGAGGCCAAAUGAGUAUGAAAAAUGUUUUAGUCCCAUACCGUGAAUGCUUAAAUAAGCGCAGCAGCGCUUAUAAAUUCCUGAAGACUUUAGCUUAUUUAAAAAAUAUGGCGUGGUGCUUUUUAUCCCCGUUCCCACAUUGUUACCUUUCUCACGCAUUCCUGCCGUAGUUCAGUACCUAUUGAUAAAGUAAUAAUAUGUACUUUCAAGCACCGCGGCACUUGCCCUAUUUAAAAUAGAAUAAUCUUGAAUCAGUGUUGCGGCGCUUAUUCAAGAGUGGUGCUUAGCGAAAAAAAUAAUGUAUGGUGCUUGUGAAAUGCGAGAUUUGAGUAGACCUCAGUGAUUGACACAGGUUCAUGUUAUUUCAUUUUGAAUUUUUCUUAAUACUAAAAAAUUGUAUCCUAUGGCUAAGCUGCAAAAUAUUAUGGUAUUUUAAAAACAUGCACAGUAUAAUUUGAAGUGUUCUAUUGUUAAUUUUUAACCAGGUCUUCACUUAUGGUUUAUAUUGUGGUUUUAUGAAGUGUUUGUUUCUAAUUGUUCUGUCAAUUGACAUUAAAGAAUUAAGAAUGUUCUACA